AUGUCGCCGCUCACUCAAGCUAGGCAGCCCGACGCGCUUCUUCUCCAGCUGACUUCAUUCGAGCACAGCAAACCGUUGUUACUACCAAAGUGGGCGGCAGACAAGCAGUCCAAUGCCCUGCCUCACCAUGCCGCCAACCUGCAGGGCCAGGUUCGGUUCCUGCAGUCGUGUCCAGCAGCGGCCCGGCGUGCUCGCGAGCCGCUGCUUGAGAUCUCCAGGAAAUGA